AUGGUAAAGGAUUUAGCUUUCCCAAUGAAGUCCUUUACCAUCAAACUAUUUAUCCUCGUUAUCCUUCUCUUACUGGUAUUUCAACUCAUAUUUUUCUACACCUCAACCAUAGAUGUUGUCAAUAUAUCUGGCCAUCUAGGUAAUUCAGGAAUAGCGGAUAGUAGCGGUAAAUUUGGCCUACAUGAUCAAUCGGAAAAAUUUGGUGAUAUGGGUCGUCCAGUCGUCUUGUCUGAGUUUCUAAAAGCUGAAUCUAAGCUCACAUUUCAUCUGAAUGAAUUCAAUCUUGUUGUUAGCAAUUUGAUUGGUACACGUCGUAAUUUAGACGAUUUUCGUCAUCCCAGUUGUAGGCAUCAAAUACCAUUGGAUAAAUUGCUUCCAUUCAAAACAAGUGUUAUUAUUGUAUUCCAUAAUGAAGCCUGGUCAGCUUUACUACGUACUGUUCAUUCUGUUCUUGAUCGUACACCAGUACAAUUGCUUCAUGAAAUUAUUCUUGUAGAUGAUGCUAGUACUCAAUCCCAUUUAGGUGAUCAAUUGAAAAAUUAUGUAAAGUCAUUAAAUAAACCUGUACGAAUUGAACGAAUGUCAAAUCGAAGUGGUUUAAUACGUGCUCGAUUACAUGGAGCAAAAAUUUCCACUGGUAAAACACUUACAUUCUUAGAUGCACAUUGUGAAGUGACUAUUGGUUGGCUAGAAACUCUACUUAAACAUAUUUCAGAAAAUCAAAAACGUAUAGUUUGCCCAAUCAUUGAUGUUAUUAGUCAUGAUACAUUUGAAUAUCUUCUUGGUUCUGAUCGUACAUGGGGUACAUUCGAUUGGCAAUUUAAUUUUCAUUGGGAAACUGUUGUAGAUAGAGAAAUAGAUCGUAUUAAUGAUGAACAUAAUGUCCCAUUACGAACACCUACCAUGGCUGGUGGUCUAUUUACCAUCACUCGUGAAUACUUUUAUGAGAUUGGUGCUUAUGACGAAGAUAUGGAGAUAUGGGGUGGUGAAAAUAUUGAAUUAUCAUUUCGUGUUUGGCAAUGUGGCGGUGAAUUACUAAUCGAUCCUUGUAGUCGUGUUGGACAUGUAUUUCGUAAAUCUUCACCAUAUACAUGGCCCGGUGGUGUUAGUCAUAUAUUACAUAAGAAUUUUGUACGUACUGCACUAGUUUGGUUAGAUCAAUAUAGUCGAUUUUAUUUUACGCUGAAUCCAUCUGCUUUAUCAGUUGACUAUGGAGAUGUUACUAAACGUAAAAAACUACGUCAACAAUUAAAUUGUAAAAGUUUCCGAUGGUAUUUAGAGCAUAUUUAUCCUGAAUCAUCUAUUCCAAUUGAUGUAAUAAGAUUAGGUGAAAUUCGUCAUAAAUCUGGUCAAUGUCUUGAUUCUCUUGGUCAUAAACUUGGUGAAACUGUCGGUGUUACACAUUGUCAUGGACAAGGUGGUAAUCAAGUAUUUGCAAUAACUGAAAGUGGUACAAUUCGUGUUCAUGCAGGAUGUAUGGAUGGUGGGAAUAUUCGAAGUAUUGGAACUGGAGUAUUAGUUUUUAAAAAGUGUGAAAAGAAUAGUAUCAGUCAAAAAUUUGAAUUUAUCGAAAAUCAAAUAAUUCAUAAAGCUACAAAAUUGUGCCUUAUAAUUAUAUCAAUGAAUAAGGGUGUACGACUUACAUUAAGAGUAUGCACUAAUACACAAGAUUCCUAUUGGACUCUUCCUCCAUUAUUUAACGACACAUCAAUUUCAUUGUAA